GCACGUAGUACGCACGUUCGCUCCACGUGUGCUCCGUAUGUCAAAGUUAUCCCCCAUUUCUCUCUCCUUUUCACGUCCAGCGUGUGCGAUCGACGGAAAAACCCGGGGGACGACAGAGAUUUGACGUGUGUAACUUCAUAGGAGUGAACCAGCGACCAGCUGGGAAGCUAUUCGACUCGCGGAGAGAUAAGGGAGAUACAUUCGGGAUUACACACAUGUCAACUGUCAUUAUCGUAACGAAAUAUAUUAUUACGUCGAGUGGAAGACGGAGGGUGCGAUUCUUUGACGUAUAAAAAGUGAGGAGAUCGAGGGAGGAAGGUACAUUCGGAGGGAGGAUAGACGAGAGCACAACUGGACGAACUGUCACGAGGGAUAAAACAUUUUGGCGAACAUCGCGAGAGAAAAAAGCCAGAUGCAACGCGAGCUUCUAUUGGCGUGAUUUCGCCGUCGGAAAUUCGUUGACAAUUCUCUGUCGGAUGGUAAAAGGAUGCGUUUGAAGAUCUCGACCACAUGCCCGUGAUAGAAAUAUUCGAGAUGACGAAAUUACAUGAGGCGAGGCAGAGAACUUCUCACGUUUUCGAUGAAACGACAGACUUCCUAAGGUACGGAUUUCCCUGAAGGAAUCAAGAAGAUCGAGGACUCCGAUCGUCUUUGGCAUAAAAAAUCAAUAUGGCUACUACGGAAUCGUGCGAUGGUGAUACAAGUCCGACAUGUCGGCCAAGAGAGAGCAGAAUUCAUAGCGUCGGUCUACCAGUUAGAACUUCACAGCUUCCGGAACCGCCGUCUACCGGAAAUGAUAUGCCGCCACCAAUACCACGUCGACAUUCUGCUACUCCGGCGGUAGCACCACCUCCGAUUCCGCUGAGACCGCCGGCGAUCCCGAAGAGAAGCAAGAAUGAGAAACCUAUACCCCUACAACCCACAACCAGGCAAGAUAGUCAAGUGACUCGUCAUAAGACGAGCGAUUCUUCGUCCGCAUCGAAAAUGCUGACUGCGUGGAACAACGUGGAUUCUUCCAACGAAAAACUUAUAGACUUGGGUCCUUUCAGAGAUCAACAUCAGAAAUCACAGAAUUACUUGUUAAGUUACGGCGAGAAGAACGAGGAGGAAAUGAACGAGUGCAACGAUUUUGUGGUCGACUUCGAGCGAGCGAAUUUUCAGGAAGGUCGUAAACUCGCGCAAAACUCGAGCUUCGAGGAGCUGCAGAAGGCCUCGUUGGAUCUCGAGAAGAGGCUGCACGAGAGAAUUGUUAAGAGAGUCGAAGCAAGAUUCGAGGACUCGAACGGCCGAAUGGAUCCACAACGACAAGGGUCAGCUAUUAUUUCGCGGCCUAAUAGGCAGCAAUUGUCAAAAUUCACGAGAGAGAAUGAAUCCAGCAGCUGUGAGCCGGAGUCAUGCGAGGGCAAGUCUAGAGAAGAAACGUCAUUACCGCGAAGGGAGAUCUUUCCGAAAGACGAGUCGAAGUACGCGAUGAUUUUGGCAGCCGGUCGCGAGCGGAGAUCAAAGUUCGAGGAGCUGCAGGCGGCCUCGAAGAAUCUAGAGAGACGUUUGCACGAGGACGACGAUUAUCGUCGACGUCAGGAGAUGGAGAGAUGGCUGAACAAGGACAAGCCACCCAGGUGCUACAAGUACGAGGACCUGGAAGGUAUCCAACAGGAACUUGACAGACGUUUCCACGGCGAGCAGAGGUCAUUGGAGCAGCAACAGCAGCAUCCAAUAACACGAAGCAAAUACGAGAGCGAUAUGGAAAGGGCCAGGAGUAUUCUACAACAUAAUCUUAGGAAGGAGCGAGGCGGCGAGAAACUCGAGAAAUUGCCGAAGGCAACGCAGACGAAUCUACCGCCACCUCUGAGCGCCAUUUGUCAGAACCCAGUACCGAAACCUAUCAGUGUCCGACAGGACAGUAACGUUUCCUCGGAUAGUUUUAGUCAGACCAGCUCGCCCAGCUACACCAGCAAGACAAUGGAAGCACCACUUCUGCCUCAGAGACACGGCAAAGUCCCAGACAGAGCUUUGGUGUCGGAGCCUGAUAACUCAUCCGGCAGACCGAUAACGAAGUCGACGAGCACGCCGGCCAGUUUGCAGACCAUCGUCAGAAUGCACGCCGGAAACAACGGCUCCUUGCAUCACAAAAUAAUCAAGGACAUGACUAGCAGCCACUACGUGACUACGGGAAGACUGCGUUUCAGAUUUAUACAGGUUCUGCUUAAUGCCAUUGCCCUCCUGGUUAUUGCCGGCGGUUUAGCCGCAUACUUUAAAACAUAUUUUAAAGGUGACUUAAAAAACGAAACUACAGCUGUCAUCCCGAUACCUGAACCCCCGGUUAUAUUAAUAGAGGGCAAGAAUCCAGCCCCAGGAAUAUGUCUACCCAUCAUCGUGACCUUUUGUAAGCAGCAUAAGAUUCCAUACAACUAUACCAUAUUCCCAAAUUACAUGGGCAAUUUCGGACAGCGAGAGGCCCAGCACGAAUUGGAGCUUUACGACGCCGUUGUCGAUGUGAAAUGUUACGAACUGGCGGCCUUAUUUCUAUGUAGCAUCUUUGUGCCGAAAUGCGGUUCUCGCGGUGGUGUCCCUGUACGUCCUUGUCGCAGUCUCUGCGUUCAAACCAAGAAACGCUGCGGCUUCUUUUUCAAGGUUUUCGGUUUAUAUCUUCCGGAAUAUUUUGAUUGCGACCUCCUCCCGGACAAUCCGAAUCCCGAUGAAUGCAUUGGACACGAAGAGGUGAUGGAGGCAGAGAAUAGAUUCAAGAAUCCAGUAUGCACCAGCGGGUUUCAAUGCGAUCGCUCACGGUGUAUCCCGUCGGAUUGGCAAUGCGACGGUCACGUGGACUGCGAGGAUCACAGCGAUGAGGCCGGAUGUGAGAAGUGCAACUCCUCGGCGCCCGCCAGCAAGAUGUACGGCAAACUGCGUCUAGGACCCUCGCUCGAGAGUAACUCUACCCCGGAUUCGAUACACUGUGGCCAAAAAACGUGCAUGCUGUCCAAUCAUACCUGUGACGGAGUUAUAAAUUGUCCUUGGGGACAAGACGAGCGAUAUUGUCUAAAAUUGAGUGAGAGAAACGGGGAUGUUGGCGAGGGCGUCUUGCAGGUGUAUAAACCCGAUUUGGGAAGAUUUAUGUCGGCAUGUGUCGCGGAUUGGGAAUUAACACCGGCGGGAGAGAUUUGUGCCAUGCUGGGAUAUACGGUUUUGAGCAACUCCAGUUUGAUAGGUAGCUCGAGACCGAACGGGAUGAAAAACGAGAUUGGGGAAUAUCGCAGGCUAAAGGAUCUCAGUUUGCUGAAACGAUUGCAAGACUGCAUCAAUAAGACGACGCCUUAUCCUACAGUCAGACUCACUUGCACGGAAUACGCCUGCGGCCGCAGAAAUUCUAUUUACAAAAACUUGAGAGUGAAACGAAUUGUGGGUGGUGUGGAGUCAGCGCCUGGCGAUUGGCCGUUUCUCGCAGCAGUUCUCGGUGGACCAGAAGAGAUCUUUUACUGUGCCGGAGUUCUCAUUGCCGAUCAAUGGGUCCUGACCGCGUCUCAUUGCGUCGGCAAUUUUAGUCAGUCAGAGGUAUCCGGCUGGACGAUACAGCUCGGGCUUGCUAGAAGACUCUCUCACUCUUACGUAGGCCAGAAAUUUAAAGUGAAACGCGUGAUCGCUCAUCCAAAUUAUAAUCUGAAUAUCGCUCACGACAACGAUAUUGCGCUGUUUCAACUAGAGAAACGGGUUGAUUAUCACGACCAUGUGAGGCCUGUGUGCUUACCAGCUGCUACCACCAAUCUUACACCUGGUACAGUUUGUACAGUCAUCGGUUGGGGCAAGAAAAAUGACACCGAUUGGUCUGAAUAUGAGCCGGCCGUAAACGAGGUCGAAGUUCCUGUCAUAAAUCGAAGUCUUUGCAACAUGUGGUUAGCGCAUAAAGAAUUGAACGUCACCGACGGAAUGAUUUGCGCUGGUUAUAUAGAUGGAGGAAAGGACGCAUGUCAGGGCGAUUGGGGGCCUCUGUUGUGUCGGGACAACAACGAUAGAGAGAGAUGGUUCGUCGGCGGUAUUGUCAGCUGGGGCAUAAAAUGCGCCCACCCAAAACUGCCCGGCGUCUACGCUUACGUGCCCAAAUACGUAUCGUGGAUCCAACAAGAAAUGUCUAAGUAUUCCGAGAUUGAUAACUGCAACGAAAAGAUGCAGUUCGAGACAUUCAACAAAACAAAUAUAUAAUUGGACAAUAUCAAAAUAACCGAAGUAACUAAAAUGGAGAUGAAAAAGAGUAAAUAUAUAUGAUCUAUAUCGUCUUAAACAUCAUUCACAGAAGAUAGUAUUUUCUACAUAUCUCAGAAGAGAAGAGAGAGCUGUAUUAAGCAAAGAUCAUCAAUCUCGUCAAUUGAAUAAUCACGGAUGACAGAAUAAGAAUCGCGAUUGCCAAACUUUGGACGAUCGAAUGUCGACGGAGUGCGAUCAAUCUUUCCUCGAGUGAUAACAAUAAGAUUGAUUCAAUUAAUCGUGGCGGAAAAAAUUCCUUCUCAUAUCACGCUAUGCAUUACAAAUCGCAUGCCCGAAUAUUGGAUAUUUGCUCUAUCGUAAUACUCUCAUUGUCAGUCAUAGCUCGGCUACGAACACAAAGUUUCAUCCCUUCGCGACUUUUCGUAAGAAGAAUUAUUUGAUAAGCCAUUCGGAACUAAAGGAGAACCAGAUAAUCGGAAACAUAUAGGAUACACUAUUCUUUACUUAAAUGGAGCUGCAUACGGACGCCGUGGAUGUUUGCGUACAUAAGUUCAAAUAAAAUAAGCCAUUUUCUAGGAAAUUACUAGACACAAAAGAGAGGAUCAACCAUGCCGAUGCGUGUACUUUUGGUAUUGAAAUAAGAAAACCAAAAAAACUCGAGGCUUUGUGCACAAAAUGAAAAUCACCGCAUAUGAUGCGACAAAAAAUAUUUUGUAUCGCUGCCGAUUUUAGGACAGCUGUAUAUGAGCCACCAAGUGGUCGAAAUUCUUGAUUUAAAGGGUGUGCGUUUAACGAUAUUCAUUGAUAAUUAACGUUUAAUGGUAUUGAUAUGAGUCGUUUUUUGAGAGCGGAAUGAGCGAUGUAAGUAAUAAUAGAUUAUACAUAUUUUAGAAUCCAUAUGUGAGAUGCUUAUUUUAUAACACAAAAUUUUUUAAUCUUUCGUUUAUGAUCACGUGAAUAAAAAUAUA